AUGCGUUUACCUCCCGUAGACUUAGAAAAAGUUAGCUUUGACAGUGAUUUAGAGAAAAGGCUACCUGUUGAGAACGUGAAUGAUUCUGGAAGUUUGUCUUCAAGAACUUCAUCGGAACCUCGAAAUAGCGAAAACAAUGAAAGUUCUCAGCGUUUACUCGUUUCUUCAAGUACAAUAGCUUCUGCUAUGUUUGAACGAAUUCGUAGUACUCAAAGACCAAAGAAAAACGAAUAUGUAGAGGUUUACACGGGUGACGAGGACUCUGAUAGCGAGUCAGUUGGUAAAGCAAAGAAACAAAAGAUGUUCGACAUAAAUGAUUUGAAUGAUGAAUAUAGCUUGGCUUUUGAGGCAAUUCCACCGUUAUUAGUAGCAGUGGCUGGUUUAAUGUUUGCUGGCUGGCUUUUAGAUGCCGUUCAAUAUUGGCCCGUGUUUAUUAGAGUUAAAGAACUAUUUAUUUUGGUGCCGGUACUAUUAAAUUUAAAAGGCAAUCUAGAGAUGAAUUUGGCAUCUCGGUUAUCUACAUCGGCAAAUUUAGGAGAAUUAGAUAAACCUAAUGCACGAUACGCGUUAGUUUGGGGUAAUUUAGCGGUCCUUCAAGUUCAAUCACUAAUUGUUGGAGCGGUUGCUGGAUUGUUUUCAUUUAUCGAAGGGGUCAUGUUUCAUUCAGAUCACGUAAGUACUUACGAUGAGAGCAUGCUCGUAAUAGUUUCCUCAAUGAUUUGCGCAGCUUUAAGUAGUAUGAUAUUGGGAACUUUUAUGUGCGGCUUAAUAAUAUUAUGUAGACGUUUCCGUAUUAACCCUGCGACAUGUGGUGAAAUUUUAUUACAACACCUUCGUACGAGUUUCAGCACCGUUACGUUUCUUAUUCUUAUAAUAUGUAUUCCCUUGUGGGUGCAGUUUGUAUGGUCAAAUCAUUAUGUUCAUGACUUGCUAGUGAAUGGCUGGAGUCCACUGUUUAUGGCCAUGGUCAUUUCCAGCAUGGCUGGUUUGGUUUUAGAACGAUAUAUCGAACGUUAUAACGGACUUGCACUUUUAACCCCAGUAUUAAAUGGUAUUGCCGGUAAUUUAGGAUCUAUAUACGCGUCAAGAAUCUCCACUCGUCUUCAUAGUGGUGAAGAAGAAGAUUACCGUCUCUCGGAGUUCACACUAUUCCUAAUUCAUAUACCAAUUGAAAUCGUAUUUUUAAUAUUUGCUUGGUGGUUCAACGUUGGGCACGUUAAUCUUACUUGGAGUUUUGCAGUCACUUAUUUGCUUGUUUCGUUAAUAUGUGUGAUGUUCACCCUUAAUCUCUCUAAAAGAUUGACUCUUUGGUUAUGGCAAAAUAAAUAUGAUCCUGAUAAUUAUUCUUUACCUUACAUAACCGCUAUUGUUGAUGUCGUUGGUACCGGAUUAUUAGUUUUAUCUUAUUGGAUAUUAUCUGAAAUGGGGCUGCAUGUUGAGAAUCACAUAAAUCAUCAUAAUAUUUAA